UGGAGAUUUUUGCGAUUCGUAUAAAGGCAUCACCAACAAAGAUUUGCCUUGCCCAUCGCAACAAUGGCAGCGCCUGCGUCACUGCCAGUCUUAUUAGACUCACUAACGAAUUCAUUGACAUCCGCCUUCGAAGCGACUCCCAAAAUUUCCGGCAUUGAGCCAACCAAAGACGGGGUGUCCCUCCUCGACGUCAAAAACGAGCUUCUCCUCUCCUACCUACAAAACCUCGUCUUCCUAAUCCUCAUCAAGAUCCGAAAUGCCAAGGAUGCCGGCUCGGGAAGUUCAGAAGAGGAAGAUAAGACAGACCUAUCGGACGUGGUAGUGAAAAAACUCGUCGAGCUGCGGCUUUACUUGGACAAGGGAGUCAGGCCCCUCGAGGAGAAACUGCAAUUCCAGCUCGACAAGAUCCUGCGCGCGGUCGAGGACGCGGAUCGCAUCGCCUCGCAGGCCGCCAACGAGGCUGAGUCGGAGUCUGAAUCAGACUCUGACUCAGGAUCAGAGGACAGCGACGCUUCAGGGAGCGACGGCCCGCCCAAACCCGCUUUCGACAUCUCAGCCAAGCGCUUCGCCCCAAGCUUCAGCAACUUCGCAGCGCCCGCCAAACCCGCCGGCAUGGCCGCGGCCGCAGCCGCGACGACGCAAGACAAGACGGGCGCGUACCGGCCUCCCAAGAUCACGCCUACGGUCAUGCCGACGGCCGAGCGGCGGGAGCGCGGCGAGCGGCGGCCGAUGAAGUCCGCCACCAUGGACGAGUACAUCUCGAACGAGCUGUCGACGAUGCCCGUCGCCGAGCCCAGCGUCGGAACGACGAUCGUGUCCGGCGGCCGGAAGAUGAAGACCGCGUCGGAGCGGCGCGAGGAGGAGCACAGGCAGCAGUACGAAGAGUCGAACUUCGUGCGGUUGCCGAAGGAGAGCAAGAAGGAGCGCGCCAAGCGCAACCAGACCGAGGGCCGCAGUUCAAGGAUGCAAUUUGGUGGUGAGGAGUGGCGGGAUCUGGGUGAGGGUGUGGACCGCAUCAAUCGUUUGACUAAGCAAAAGGAGGGCGGCAGAGGUACCAAGGCUCUACUAGAGAAGAGUAGGAAGAGGACUAGAGAGACGGUUGACAGCGCUCGUGGCAGCGGUCACAGCGUCAGCACUAAGGAAAUAGGAGAACGAUUUAACAAGCGUGUCAAGGUUAUGGAAGGCGGGCGAAGAGAUCGAGGCAAGCGUUGAAAUCACGACACGGAUCAAUUCAAUACCUUGGUAGGCGUGUAUCGAGACCUCAAAGUCAUUUAUGGGCAUACUGGAUAGCUCCGUGGUUGAGCUAUGGGUUAUAAAUACACUAUGUGGGAAUAUCACCACUGCCUGCGGCUAUUCAAUAGAUAUUAGCCCUCUCUCUUUGCAAAACCAUAAAGAUGUUGUAUCCUUCAUC